AUGGUCGAGGUUUCACUCACAGUGGGUAAACUCGAUGCGUCUCUCGCAUUGCUCUUAACCAAAGACCAUCAUUUAAUUGAGUUCCCCACGAUAUUGCUCCCCAAUGGGGUCAAAGCCGGCUCGAUUGUUAAAAUCAGAUGUGAUCGGGACUUGGAGACAGAAUUGGAAGAGAAGAAGCAGUUCCAGGCGAUCCAGGACGAAAUCAUCAAUACUUUUGGCAAAAACUUGCCCAAGGCGCCUCAGUUACGAGUCAAGAACGUCACUCAAACUUCAUGUGUCUUGGAAUGGGAUCAAUUGGACUUGGGCACUGCUUCCCUAAAGAACCUCGUUUUGUUUAGAGAUGGCAAGAAGCUUGGUGCUAUUCCUCAGGCAAUGACCAACAAGACAACAAAGUUGUCCGGGUUGCCAAUUGAUAAGACAUUUAAAUUCCAUUUGCGCCUAGACACAACGGCUGGCGUUUACAAAUCUGAGGAAGUAGAGGUGACAACGCACAAAAUGACAGAUUUGUCGGGAAUCACUGUUUAUUUGGGUGAUAUUACUCCUAAUGACCAAUUCACCGUGGAGGACAUUCAGGCAACCUUGAAGAACAUGGGCGCCCACCACCCUGCUCAGGAGACCGUCAAGGUCGACACGACUCACUUCAUCACUAUGAGAGAAAAUAAGCAGAAUCCAGAAUAUGUCAAGGCCAAUGAUAUGAAUAUCCCGAUAAUACGGCCUGAGUGGUUGAAGGCUUGCGAGCGUGAAAGAAGAAUUGUGGAUGUUAGAGACUUCUACGUAAAGGACUGCCUGUUGCCUGAUAUCUUGGCGAGAAACUACUGGAAGAAGGAUGCUCCUGCCAAGCUGACCGAAGCUUCGAAGGAUACAUUAGAAGGGCCACCGGUAGUGCAGGUGACAUCUCCAUCUCCUGAAACCACAAGUAAACAGGACUUGAAUGAGAAGGAUGAGGGGAAAGAUAGUGGUGUACCAUCGUCUGAGGCGGUCGAUGAAGCCAAAUCCAGUGAAAAUACCUCUGGUGAGGUCUCAGAAUCAUCGAAGAAGUCUGAAAAAGAAGGUGAAGUAAAGUCUGAUGAGAAGCCUGAUGAAAAUGCUACUGUUGAUGUGACAAAGAAUGAGGAUGAGGUGGGGAGGACAGAUGAGCUAGAUAAUGCGCAAAAGGCAUCCGAGACUUCGAUGUCUUUACGUGAGGAGGAAUCAACGAAGCAAGCAAUUGCGGAACCCACAGAGCAGGUUGUCACGGACCUGAAGGAAAAAACAAAUACAAAUGCAGUUGAGGGUACGGUAAAUGCAGCUUCCAUUGGAACACAACAAGCCGAGACGCUGGCCCAACCGACUGCUGAAGAAUUGACAGAGGUGGAUCUCAACGAAUCUCAUCCCGAGUCAGGUGUUGCUGAACUGACAGAUCUCCCCAAGAAAAUUGAGCAAGAGGAAAUACAGGAGGUUAAAGAGGAUGACACGAUUGCAGAAGGCAUGGAUGGCGAUGAAGGUGACGAGAACGACGAUGACGACGAAAACGAAAAUGCAAACGGGAAAGAAACAACCGAUCAGCCCGCCGGCGAGAGCAAGCUGAAAAAGAAGAACAAGAAGAAGAAGAAAGGUAAGAAGUAA